AUGGCUCUGCUCUUCAUAAAAAAGCAUCUUUCGAUACCUACAACAAGGCGUAUAAGGAAACAUAUGUUCAGGCCUCCCUAUAAAGCUGGAUUGUCGACGCAACUUACCAUAUUGGUUUGUAUCAUCGCCCUGUGUUCCCUAAUAAUAUUAGCCGUUACUACAGGGGUCUACUUCACAACUAACUAUAAGUCCCUUCGAGCGGAUAGGUUAACUGUUGCAGCACAACUUACAUCAGCGCAGAUAAACCAGACUUUGAAUAUCAUAUACUAUCAGUGCUAUUGGCUUUCAUCUCGUGAUAGUAUCCAGAAUGCUUUGGUGAGCUACAAGGUCGGUAACACCUCUUCGUUGAACUUGGACAACGCUAAAGAAGUUCUUGUGAAAUUCCUAGACUCUUCGAAUUCUAUAUUCCGAACCCAUCUCUAUGAUUCAGCUUUCAAUGAAGUGCUUUCUGUUUCCACCAAUAGCACAGGUAAUAUUAUCGGUGAUGACUUGCUGAGGGAUCUUCUGCCCCUUUCCAGCAACUCUCCUCUUCCUUCUUCCAUUAUUGAUGAUGGGAUGCUUUCUAACCCGGUAUUCAAUGGAAGUAGCUUCUUCAUGUCGAUGUCUUUGCCGGUUUCUGCAAAAGCUUCAAUAUUAUAUCCAAAGAGCGAUACUGUGGGAUAUAUAACUAUGGUUAUGUCGGCUGAUCAAGUGAGUUCUGUCUGUGCAGGCAAACCAGCGUUGAAUGGAUCUACUGUUUCUGUCUUAGCGGGUGUUUACGAUGAAAAUAACAUAUUGAAUAGCUACCAGGUACUGUUUCCGCCGUCGAUUGUUCAAGUGCCACGGCUACUUGAAAUAGUUUUCCCAAUAGCGAAUAAUUCAUUCUUGUAUAAUGCAUUUGUUAACCGUUCUUCUGGUUCAGUAUCUAAGACUAAUGCCUUCUAUGAGCCUAAUGUUGCAGUGGGUUAUGCUGCUUGUUCUUUCAAGCUUGUAAACUGGGUUGCAGUUGUUGCGCAGCAGGAGGCAGUAUUUUUAUCUCCUUCAACAAAGUUGACAAAGAUUAUUAUUGGAACGGUAAUAGGCAUUGCCUUUUUCAUAUGCAUAGUGACAUUCAUCGUCGCCAAUUGGGCGGUAAAACCCAUUGUACGACUGCAAAAAGCCACCGAACUCAUCGCUGCUGGAAGAGGGCUCAGAUCGUAUCGCCACAGCAGUAGAAGCUCAAGUCGGACCACAUCAAUAAACAGAUCUAAUUCUAAAGGUUCUCCAAGUCCUACUCUGCGGGAAGGAGACGGAUUGAGGAAAACUCCGCCUUCUCCAUAUACCCCAAUGCAUUCUCAUGUAGAACCUAAUCCAUCUGGAAUCGGUCGUGAAUAUUCCGUGGAUAUAGCUAGGGCUAUUGGAAUCGAAGUACCUUCUUCACACCCCAGCGAGCGUGUGGAUGCAUUUACUACGUCUGCCAACUGGAUUGAAACAAGAGUCCCAGUUUACAGACGUCUUUUUUCUGAUGAACUUUCUGAAUUGACCGAUACUUUCAACUCAAUGACAGAUGAAUUAGAUAGGCAUUACGCACUGCUAGAAGACCGUGUACGUGCUAGAACAAAACAACUAGAAGCUGCGAAGAUUCAAGCAGAGUCUGCAAACGAAGCAAAAACGAUGUUUAUAGCUAACAUCUCACAUGAGUUGAGAACUCCUUUAAACGGAAUUCUUGGUAUGACAGCUAUUGCGAUGGCUGAGAAUGACAUGGAGAAAGUUCAAAAUAGCUUAAAACUAAUAUUUAGGUCAGGGGAGUUACUGCUGCAUAUAUUGACGGAGUUAUUGACAUUUUCAAAGAACAUAUUAAAGAGGAAUAAGCUAGAACAAAGAAACUUUUCGAUGGUUGAUGUUGCGUUACAAGUGAAGUCAAUUUUUGGAAAACUUGCAAAAGAUCAGAAUGUUAAGUUUUCCAUCUUCUUGAUGCCCAACUUGAUUAGGAAGAUGGUGCUAUGGGGCGAUUCGAAUAGGAUUAUUCAGAUAGUAAUGAAUUUAGUAUCUAACGCUCUAAAAUUUACUCCUGUAGAUGGAAAAGUUAGUCUUCGAAUAAAGUUACUUGGUGAAUAUGAUGAAGAAGAGAGUGAAAAAUGCAAUAAUGCCGAAGUUUUCAUAAAACAAGGCACAGAGAUUAGUGAUGAAACUAAGAACGUUUUCGACACUAUUACGGAGGAGAAAUAUGUGUCUUGCAGUGGCGAAUCAACUGAUGACACCAUUGAAACUGGUCAGGAGGGAGCGCAAAAGCCAGAUAAGGCUGAUAACAUUUCAGUUGUUUCGUCGGGUACCAGUUCGUACGACGAUGCUAUAUUCCAUUCACGAUUUAAAAAAAUACCCGCUGUACUUGAUGUGGAUGAGGGAGAUCUUUCUUCUAUUGGAAAAUCGGAAAAAAAGAAGGUUUGGGUUAUAUCGAUUGAAGUAGAAGAUACUGGUCCAGGCAUCGAUCCCUCUCUACAAGAAUCUGUAUUUAAGCCGUUUGUUCAAGGCGAUCAAACUCUGUCUAGGCAGUAUGGGGGUACCGGUUUGGGACUUUCAAUUUGUAGACAGUUGUCUACUAUGAUGAAAGGAACUAUGAAACUCCACUCGGAGGUUGGGGUUGGUAGUAAAUUUAUAUUUACCGUGCCAUUGAGACAAACAGGUACGGUUGAAGAUCUAGAUGAUGAAGACCUAUUUGAGGAUGAAUUUAACGCGCAGAGUAAGAUAAAUAGAAGGGUGAAGUUCAAGCUAAAUAAAGGAGGGAAAUCGCGCCAAUCAAGUUUGUCAGUGCCAGAGAUAUCUGGUGUACCUGAUAGUCCUUUAAACUCCAUGGGUAGGAGUGAGAGUGAACUCAGCGUCAGUAGUGUCCGUGUUGAUCGUCCAUUCCUUCAAAGUACUGGUACUGCCACAUCCACGAGGAGUAUUCCUACAGUUGGAAGCCUAGAAAGCAAUUUUAAGGUAUUGGUUGCGGAGGAUAAUAAUGUGAACCAAGAGGUUAUUAAAAGAAUGCUGCAGUUAGAAGGAAUAUACGAUAUAGAGCUAGCAUGCGACGGUGAGGAAGCGUUGGAAAAAGUGGCUAAUUUGACGAACCAAUAUGACCAUUACAAUAUCGUUUUCAUGGAUGUACAGAUGCCCAAAAUGGAUGGGUUGAUAGCAACUAGGAAUAUCCGUAAAGAGUUGAAUUACACCUAUCCUAUAGUGGCAUUGACAGCGUUUGCGGACGAUAGCAAUAUUAAGGUAUGCUUGGAAUCUGGUAUGGAUGGGUUCCUAUCAAAACCUAUAAAGCGUGAAAAAUUGAGAAAGAUAUUACUUGAAUAUUGCCCAGUUUUAAACAAAUCGGUAAGUACAACUACAAACAGGGGUUUGGAAGACCCACUUUUUGUAAAUAGCGGAUUAUGA